CAGUGUCUGAAACUUGGAGUGACGAAACAUGUCUCAAUCAGGUGAAAAAGUAAAGUUUUCUGACUCAGCAGGCUAUGUGGGGUUCGCUAAUCUGCCCAACCAGGUUCAUAGGAAAUCUGUGAAGAAGGGCUUUGAAUUCACACUGAUGGUGGUUGGUGAGUCUGGCUUGGGAAAAUCCACUUUAAUUAACAGUCUGUUCCUGACUGAUCUUUAUCCAGAACGUUAUAUUCCUGGAGCUGCAGAGAAAAUAGAGAGAACAGUUCAAAUCGAAGCUUCUACAGUAGAGAUAGAGGAGCGAGGGGUGAAACUGCGUUUAACAGUAGUUGACACACCAGGAUAUGGAGAUGCCAUUAACAGCCAGGACUGCUUCAAAACAAUUAUCCAGUACAUUGACAACCAGUUUGAAAGAUACCUUCAUGAUGAGAGCGGUCUAAACAGGCGCCACAUUAUAGACAACAGAGUCCAUUGCUGUUUUUACUUCAUCUCUCCCUUUGGGCAUGGGCUGAAACCAUUAGAUGUAGAAUUCAUGAAGGCUCUUCAUGGAAAAGUCAACAUUGUUCCUGUGAUUGCCAAGGCUGACACACUGACGCUGAAGGAGAGAGAAAGGCUGAAGAGAAGAGUUCUGGAUGAGAUUUCUGAACAUGGCAUUAGGAUUUAUCAGCUCCCUGAUGCAGAUUCUGAUGAAGAUGAGGAGUUUAAAGAACAAACCAGAGUUUUAAAGGCUAGCAUUCCCUUUGCUGUUAUUGGAUCCAAUCAACUUAUUGAGGUGAAAGGGAAAAAAAUCAGAGGCCGUCUGUAUCCCUGGGGAGUUGUCGAAGUUGAAAAUCCAGAGCACAAUGAUUUCCUUAAGCUGCGCACAAUGCUGGUAACACACAUGCAGGACCUGCAGGAGGUAACCCAAGAUUUACACUAUGAGAACUUCCGUUCGGAGAGGCUGAAACGAACUGGCAAGCCUGUUGAAGAAGAAGUGGUAGACAAGGAUAGAAUCCUCCAGCAGAAAGAGGCUGAGCUGCGCCGCAUGCAGGAGAUGAUUGCACAGAUGCAAGCCCAAAUGAGGAUGAAGCCUGGUGAUGAUUAAGAUGCUUAACAUCUGGAUGCAUCAGCAGUAUACGGUUCUCUAAGUGGAUGGGUGCUCUGUUUUCUUUGACCGAAUGGUAACGUUCAAAUGCAAAAGCUGGAUGCCGCAGAUCAAGACCAGCGUUAAAACAAACACAAAGUCUGAAGAUCGUGUUGUAAAAUGGCUUGUUUUAUAUAUUCAAUGUUAAUCAAGUUAUAUUGUAUCUUUUUUGAUUCUUUUGGUAACACUGUCUUCAUACUUAUAAAUGUGGUUUUAUUAUUCUUCCUAUACCUUUUUAUACAAAACCAGCUAUAGUACACUGUUUGGACUAGUCAUUGUGAUGGGUUUAAGGAGUUAAUCGUGUAUCUGCUAGGUUAUUCUGGACAGUUUCGUGAUACUAAAAGACUUUUUGGCCUGUUUACAAUAGAUGUAUGUGUGUUUGCACGGUAUCAUAACUUUCACUUGCCAUCUUAAGUCAUUGUGUAUCCUAUCGGUUUUUCAUAACUUUCUCUGUGCUUUGGUUACUUUUGAAGCUUCAUCUCUGGUGAUUUAUAUUUGUGUAAUGUAUGAGAAAACAUACAAAACACUGAUUCACCAGUGAUGCAAAGAAGCUGACUUUUCUAAAUCAUCGUGCCUUAACGUACCAUAAACACUAAGCAUGCCAACAGCUUCUUGUGGAUGCCUCUGAAGAUUUGUCUUCGGGUCUCAAGUAUUGAUUGCAAGAAUUUCACAGGCAUUUUUAUCUGUCAGCUGAGCGAUGGCAUGUACUGAACUUUUUAUAUACCAUAACACUAAUUUUCAUUGAAGUUUUGUAAUAAAUUGUAUGAAUGUGGAAAA